GACUGGCCGCGGAGACGCCACAAGCAUGGCCGGGCGAUCCGUCUGCGUGUUGGUCCUGGCGGCCGUGUUGCUGCUGGGCAUCGUCACCAUCUCCAGGUCGAAGGGUCUACGGGGCAAGGAGCCACCGGGCCCGUGGCGAAUCCCUUCUCAAUUCAGCGAAAGGGAGCGCGUUGAGAUGAAAGAGGCGCUGAAAGGUGCCAUCCGGAUCCCAACCGUGUCUUUCAGCUCGGAGGAAUCCAAUGUGACAGCCCUGGCUGAGUUUGGGGAAUACAUUCACAAAGUCUUCCCCACAGUGUUCAACACCAGCUUUAUCCAGCAUGAAGUCGUGGGAGGGUACAGCCACCUGUUCACUGUCCAAGGCUCGGACCCCAGCCUGGAGCCCUACAUGCUGCUGGCUCACUUUGAUGUGGUUCCUGCCCCCGCCGAAGGCUGGGAGGUGCCCCCGUUCUCUGGGCUGGAGCGUGAUGGCGUCAUCUACGGCCGGGGCACACUGGACAACAAGAAUUCUGUGAUGGCAACCCUGCAAGCCCUGGAGCUACUGCUGCUCAGGAACUACAUCCCCCAGAGGUCUUUCUUCAUUGCCCUGGGCCACGAUGAGGAGGUGUCAGGGAAGAACGGGGCUCAGAAGAUCUCAGCCCUGCUCGAAGCGCGGGGGGUGUGGCUCGCCUUCAUCGUGGACGAGGGAAGCGCCAUCUUGGACGGCUUCAUUCCCGGCAUCAAGAAGCCCUUCGCCCAGAUCUCAGUCUCAGAGAAAGGCAGCAUCAACCUCAAGCUGCAAGUCAGCAUGACUCCAGGCCACUCCUCAGCUCCUCCGAAGGAGACGAGCAUCGGCAUCCUCGCAGCCGCCGUCAGCCGACUAGAGCAGACACCACUGCCUAACAUGUUUGGGGAUGGGCCCCUGAAGACAUCAUUGGAGCUUCUGGCAAAUGAGUUUUCCUUCCCUUUUAAUAUUGUCUUGAGAAACAUGUGGCUGUUUCAACCUCUUGUAAAAAGGUUUCUGGAGAGAAAUUACAUAGCCAGUGCACAGGUUAGGACCACCACGGCGCUCACCAUGUUCAACGCAGGGGUCAAGGAGAACGUCAUCCCCUCCGUGGCCCAGGCCACGAUCAACUUCCGCAUUCACCCGGCCCAGACCGUCCAGGAGGUCCUAGAACUCGUCAAGAACAUUGUGGCUGAUGACCGGGUCCAGUUCCAUGUACUGAGUGCCUUUGACCCCCUGCCCGUCAGCCCCUCUGAUGACCAGGCCUUGGGCUUCCAGCUGCUCCGCCAGACCAUACAGUCUGUCUUCCCGGAAGUAAGCAUCGUCGUCCCAGGUACCUGCAUAGGCAACACAGACAGUAGACACUACACAAACCUCUCCAAUGGCAUCUACCGAUUCAACCCAGUCUACCUCCAACCCCAAGGCUUCCAGAGCAUUCACGGAUUCAACGAGAAAAUCUCCGUCCAAUCCUUUGAGACGCAGGUGAAAUUCCUCUUUGAGCUGAUCCAGAACUCAGACACGGCGGCGCAAGUGCUGGUUCCUCAUGUGCACGAACUGUGAAGUCAGCCAACCUUGAUGAAACGUCUGGCCCAGACCACAUCCUAGUGCAUCGCCCACUUGCCUUGCCGAUUCCUGGACUCACCCAAUACCACAGCCAAGGAGUAAGCACUGGCCUGCAAGACUCUGUCUUCUCCCAUCUCCUGGUACCGCCUGACCCGCACUGACUCUCCCGCCUCACACCUGGCUGGCUGGGCCGGCUAAUGCUGAUUAUGCCCGCAUCCUGCCUUCCUGGCCUAAUUUACCAAAUUCAGAUUUUGAAAACAUUUUCAACUCGA